UCUCACGAAGGAGGGAGCUUUAAUCCCUUAUCAUAUUUUAGGCACAACAUUGGUAAACACAUUGGCAAAAGAAAUACCAUCACUGCAGUAUAAAAGCUUUUUUAAAGUAACAAAGCUACAAUGCAAAAUAGUACUGAUGUUGAUUUAAUACUUGAUAGCCGCUCUAGUUCGGUCAGUUCGAUGUCGAUGCUUGACAAUACCGCGGACGAUACUCUGGUAAGUAUACUCCGCUAUUUUAAUAUUUCAUUGUAAUGGAUGACUCUUCGAUUUCGAAGAUGACCUUUUCCGUCGGAGAUUGGGUCACCGUCCACGGGCCACCAAACCCACUCGACUCGCGCACAGCUAGCUUGAUUUGGCCAUUUAAUACGCCGGAGUCGGGCUUGUUGUAUUCUCUCCGGCCAUUUACGCCGGAGUCCGGCCUGCUUCAAAUGAUUGAACACCAUUGGUGUAUGGAUUGCAGUUCGCCACGAAGCUCUAUCUUCUGCAAGUGUUUCCCAAGAUUGCAGCGGAACAUUGCACGAUUUUAGCGCAUCUUUCAGCCAAUAUUUCAUUGUAGUAUUAGUAUUUAACAAAAUAGUAAAGUUACCUUGUCUAUUUUGGUUUCUUUUCUUUAAGUUCUGUUACUGUUUAUUAUUAAUUUAUGGUGCCUAACUAAGACUAACUUAUAAAUUGUCCGCUGCACUUUUACUGUUCUUCGAGAUUCUACGAAGUAUAUUUUAAUGCGCAGUUUCACUUUUGACUUUUGUUGAAAAUCUGAUAAAUCCACUCGUUUCAACCUUCCCAUUAAAUUUGAGUUAUUGUAUUUUCGAAUUUUGAACGUAAUAGAUAAAAAAACUGGACUGUUUCCCUUUUGACCUAGCUUUCUUGACAAUCUGAAUUUAAUCAUUUUAGUGCAUUAAAGUGCACUCCUUGACUUGCAUUUGUACUUGCAUGUCAUUGAAUUGUAAGUUGUAUUUUCUAAGUUUCAACGUAAUAGAUACAAUAGUGUAGCUGACUACUAGGGAUGUGCAAAUCCAAUCUGAAACUAAUCUGAUCUGAUUGGAUUUGUUCGGAUUUUGGAGCCAAUUAAUAGUCACAUCAGAUCAGAUUGGAAAAGUAUUGUAAACCUCGAAUCCGAUCUGAUGCACAUCUUUACUGAGUACUGUGUUAUUAUACUUAUUCAGACGCCAGAAAGUGUGACAGGUGAAAUGUUGUCUGAAUCGACGAAGCAGUUAAGAGCUGAAUUGAGGGCCAAAAACAACAUUUUAACAAAUACCUGUGCACAAAUUGCUUCCAUUAAAGUACAACAAGUUACCACACACAUGCCAAUUGAAGUAGUGGCUGAUCAUAUCGAGUUAAAAGAAGCUCAAAAGCAAAGUGUUGCCUCUGUUGCAGAGAGCCAGGAUGAAAGUUUGGUGAGCCAUUUGCAAUUUAAAUACUGCAUGGGCAUUGUGUACAAUUUUACUAUCUGACUAUAGAGGGGAAUGAAUAGCAGGGAGAAUAAUACCAAAGUUUAUAUAGUGUAUCCCACAAAUUCAUUGAAUGUUAUUUUUCAGUAUCAGUUUACCGAAGAUGAGAAAUAUUUAAGCUCUAUCAGAGAAAAUGAGGGUAUUCGAUUACAAUUGGAAGCAAUAAGCCAGUCAGUGGAAAGUAAAGAUCAAGAACUGGUGGGAUUGAUCAGAGAGAAAGAACGAAGAAGAACUAAUGAAGAACAACAAGUGAGGAAUGCCCGUGAAAGUAGGAAAAAGUGUACUAGGUGUAGAGAAUAUGUUGCUCAGAUUGUUCAUUUGCGAAAGGAAUGUGAAAGACUACAGAGUCAACUGGAUGCUAAUUGGUCAACCAUCCAUUUGUGGGAAAAUGCGGUGAGUUAAUUAUAUUAAUUACAUUUUACGCUAGCUGUUAUAAGAAACCUAAUGGUCCUCAGUUAAAAAAAUCUUAUGGUUUCUAUAUACUGAUCAACACUAUAGUCCAGUGUUUUAAUAAUGACACUGAAAAUACAAUGGGCACCAUUACAGUACUUUUGGAAUUCUACUGAAUCUGAUCUGAUUAUCUGAACACUAAAUUGAUUUUAUAGAUUGAGCAAGAAAAGGAAAAAAACAAAAAUGCACUUCGUGAUCUUGAGGAUAAGGUAAAUCAUGAACCAGCCAAUGGUCAUGGUUAACCAGUAUAGCUAACUACAGUAGCAUACCAUACUGUAGCGUUUGGCAUGUUUUAGCAAGAAAUUUUAGACCAAUUUACACCUCAAAACCUAAUUGCACAAGAUUAUUGCAUGCUCACAACUUGUAAUGUCAGUUGUACUGUGUAUCAAAUUAAACACACAACUCACCUACAACAACAUAAAACUGCGAAUCAAACCUCUUAUUGCACUUUGUAGUUUAAGACUUCAGAAGAAAACUUCCUUUGUGAAAUGACUACU